GUGUUCAAUCGCGGGUACGGGGGGUACAACUCGCGAUGGUGCGCGCGCGAGGACGUCCUGGACGGGGCGUUCGCGGCGGACGCGCGGCGCGAGGGGCGGACGUUUCUGGCGACGGUGAUGCUGGGGACGAACGACGCGACGCGAAUGCGCGACGCGACGGCGGAGCGAACGAACAGGGUGAGGGUGGAGUUGGAGGAGUACGCGAAAAACAUGCGAACGAUCAUCGCGCGGGCGGUGGAGACGUCGGAGAUCGUGGUGGCGAUGACGCCGCCGGCGGUGGACGAACGACGACGCGUCGAGGCGCAACGCGAAAGAUGGGGGGAGGACUGGGUCGGAGGACCGUUCGAGGAUCAUCGACCGGACGUCGAGGCGUACGGGAAGGCGCUCGUGGACGUGGUGCGCGAAUUUCAGGAACGUCGACAUCGCGUCUACGCGUUGGAUUUGUACGCGGAGACGCGCGCGGCGAUGGAGCGCGGCGCGGUUUUGUUUGAAGACGGCGUGCACUUCGGCGAGGACGGACAACGAUUCGUGACGGAGAAGUUAUUUCAAGUUUUAGAUAGUUUGGAUGCGGAUCCUUCGGUGCCAGACUUUCCGUACGGGCACGAGAUUCGAAACCCAGAGCGUGCGGCGAUGAGCGCGGAAGAAGUGUUUGACGAUCACGAAGCGAGACGUCCGAAAGAAGCGCUGGAACCUUGA